AUGAAUAAGAGAAAUACGAGUAAGAAAUCCAAUACAUUUGGCAAUAGCUAUGAUAGUAUACAAGGAUCAGGUUCUUUUCCGAAUACAUUACAAACUACCAGUGAUAUAAGCAAGAACAAUUUAGAUUUUCAGUUCGGAAAUACUUACGAACAAUCCUCACAGAAUAAUUCAUAUUCUCAGAGUGCACCUACUGACGAACAACAAGACUUACAGCAUCAUAGUCAAUCAAGUAAUUCAUAUUCUCAGAAUGCAUCUACUGACAAGCAACAAGGCUUACGGUAUAAUAAUUCUGACAAACAACAAGAGCAGCAUCAUAGUCAAUCAAGUUAUUCAUAUUCUCAGAAUGCAUCUACUGACAAACAACAAGGCUUACGAUAUAAUAAUUCUGACAAGCAACAAGACUUACAGCACCAUAGUCAAUCAAGUAAUUCAUAUUCUCAGAAUGCAUCUACUGACAAACAGUAUAAUAAUCCUGAUGAACAACAACACUUAUAUCAUAGUGAUGGGAAUUACAAAUAUAAGAAUUAUAAACCAAACAGUGAGGAUUACAAAUAUGAAAAUUAUCAAUCAAGUAGUGAAAACUACCAAUAUAAAAAUUAUAAUGGAGAUCAUAGUAUACAUGAAAAUUAUCGAUCAAACGAUGAUGCUAGUAAUAUGGAUAUUGAUCCAUCUUUAUGCAUCACUUCAGUUUUUCAUGUUUAUUUGCCAGUGAACAUAGAAAGCGCCUUGCAACCCGCGGUUAUUGGUAAUUGUUCUGCAUUAGGUAAUUGGACGGAACCUAAUGUUUUACUUAAGCAGAUUCCAAAUUCAGCUCUUUGGAUUUCCGAGUCUGUGCUCAUUCCUACAACCGUUGAAGUUGAAUAUAAAUAUUGUCUGUUUCGAUCCCAAAAAAAAUAUAUUAUCUUGGGUAAACCUGUUUAUGAUAUUGCGUGUUGUGAAGGCUACGGAAAAGACAAUAGGAAAAUGACAUUCAGAAAAAACCAUUAUGAUAUUUGGCAGAGUGUCAAUGAAUAUAGAUUUACCUAUUUGAAUCCUAUAAACGGCUAUCUUUUCGUCGAAUACAUUUACAAUUAUAUUAAAUCUCUUGAUUGUUUAAAAGAUGGAAUUAUGGAAUAUCAACAGAUUUACAAGAAUCACAAAGAUCUAACUGUCCGUGCAACAAAUAUCGAGUUUAUUGCGGGAAAACUGAGAAAUAGCACCUCAAAAGAACAGAAAAUUUUCUUAUGUAUUCUUCUUGGAUAUUACUUGCUUCAAGGAGGUAAAACUAUGAUAAAUGGCAUUUAUUUACCCGAAAAUUUCCCAUCAAACAUUAUAUUAGAAAAACUUGAAGACAUUAGUCUUGAUUUUAUACUUUCUGAUACAAAGUACUUGGUUGUUAAUGCAAUUAGAAGUUUGGUCCAGCACAAUUCAAAAUAUGGCUUUACAACUUGGUUCAAAGUAUUUGCAUUCGCGCAUGAACUUGAUGCAACAUACUCUUUUGUGGAUAUGAUAGAAUGGUACAAUUACAAGAAUAAGUCUGACAAAUUUUUUAAGUCAUUGGUGGAAGAUGUAAAGCCCUAUAUAAAGGAGGAGGCAUUUAGCAGAAUUACAAAUAAACUUAUCUGGUUAUCUUUUGAUCUAAAGUGUCUCAUAUUUUUGUGGAAAAAUAUUAUUGAACUAAAAAAUACCGACAGAUAUCUUCGCAAAGCUAUGAAAGAAAGAAUAAAUGAAUUCAUAAAACCAGACAAUCCCAUUGACUUGAAGAGACAUUUUGAUGAAUUUUCAAUGGAUCUUCAAGCCGAAGUUGCGUUGUCCUUCCAAGAAAAAACUUUGAAAUUAUUAAAUGAAAAAGGGAUAUCUUGGAGCAAUCAGAAUAUAACUUCUAUUCUAGACCUUCUUCAAAAUUCUAAUCUACAAUGGUCAGAGAAAACCUAUACUCAUGCACUCGAAGCCAUAUCCGAAUCAAAUCAAAUGGAAUUAUUAGAUAUUUUUCCUAUAAUUCUGAAAUUUGUCUCUGAAUUGGAUUUAUCAAUGACAAGCCAAUCGAUUUUUACAACAUCGAUUAGAUGGUUUAAACAAACUUGUUCAAUUUGCUCCAUUAAUACGUCUAAAGUUCUUUCUGAAAAUAAUCAAGGAAAAAUUGCUUAUACGAUUUUCGGCAAUCUUUCUAUUAUAUAUCCACUUAUCGAAAAGCGUCCAAAGAUUUGGGAAAAAUUAAAAAGCCAUGCAAACGAGAUUGUUGCACCAUUAUCUGAAGAUGUUUUAUUUUCCGUUUCAAUAUUUGCCGAUGAUUUUGAUCAAGAGAUAAUAUCUUACCUUAGAACUUUAAUGAAAACAAGGAUAGACUCUAUUAUUUGUGAGCUUGACAAUCAUUUAUUUAAAAAGAUUAUGAAAAUUAGUGAUCAUAAAUCAAUUCUAAAUCUGCCAAAUAAAUUUUGCGAGGAGAUAAUGUGCCAUAUUUUCAAUCGAUUACAGCCACAGACUGACAAGAAAUGCUAUGAUGAAAUAGCACACCAGCUUUCGAUUCUUAAAUUUUCACACUUUUGGACACUUAUAUUUAAGGCGACUGGCUUCACUCAAGCUUUACAUUCUCAUCCAUACGUCAAAACCGCACGAGAUACUGUAAUUCUGUUGGCAAAAAUGAUUCAUGGAAAUUCGAUUACCAUGGGUUUGCUUCAAGAAAUGCUUGAAUACCCUAACUCUGUACUUAAAGAUUAUAUUAAUUCUGCUGUUGGAACUACUGAGAACCUCAUUGUUACUGACGAAAUCCUUGAAACUUUACGCGCUAAUUAUAAAGAUUAUGAUUUAACAUUUAUCCAUCUCGAUGAAUUCUACACGACAUUCUGCUCUUCCCCCAUAAUACAAGACGCGAAAUCAUAUCACGAUGAUUUGCAAACAAGGCUUAACAAUAUGAAUACAGUUACUCUUGAAGAAUCACAUUCUCAGGAUCAUUGGUUAAAACAUACUCCAGCAAUUAUUACUAUGAAAUCAUCAUAUUACUUGAUUCAAUCACAAACGUUUAAAAACAUUUUUCAUACAAUACUACAAACAAUAUUAAAAGAGGAUGAGCGAGAAUUAGUCUUGGAAAUUGUGAUUAAAGAAAUCAUUCCACACUCAAUUGAGCAGUACAAUCUCGUAUGUAAAAGAUAUAAAACUUGGGAAAGCAUCAACUUUUUUGAAGCAAAUAAACUAUGGCAAGGUGUUAAACCAAAUCAGGUUCUUGAUGAGAUCAAAUUUAUCUCUUUUAACUGUAAUCGAUUUACAGAAUACAAUGAGAAGCAACGAUUGGUAAACGCAGUGAAUCAUUUGUCCGAUGUUUCAUUAUGGAUGGAAAGAUUAAAUAAACUUAAAAUUGUAAUUGAAUUUUUGGAAAUUCCGUUUAAUUCAACUCAUUGGGUGACGAAAUAUUUGAAUCUUUUAGAUAAUAAUAAGUUGGAGCUUGGGCAGUUGCAUAAAAUUUUUGAAGAUGUUAAUAAUUGUGUACAAAAACUAAAGUUAACAGAUGAUUGUUGGUCGAUAAUCAAGGAAAUAGCAUCUGCUGAAGAUUUUGUUGUUUUUCUAAAAACCCUAGUAGGUCACGAUCUUAAAAACUUAAUCAAUGGUGUAGAUGAUCAUUCUGAUGAACGAUUAAUCCAAGAAGAUACAGUUUCAACAUUUAUCCAAUUGAAGCAAAUUAUGGAGCCUUUAUUAAAAAAGAGUAAUGAUUCAAAUACUCUUGCAGUAGACAAAUUCUUACGGAAUCUUCAUAGUAUUUCCGUCAAAAACCCUUCUCUGGCUUCUAAAUUGAGGCUUUGCAAUGCGAACGCUCAAGCAUUAAAGAAUAUGUAUGAUAAUAUCUCGAAUCGAGGAGAAGUGACAAAAGAAAAGAUUUAUCAUGCAGUAACAAAGGGUGAAUAUUUAUUCGCGAAAACGGAUUCCAAUGAAUAUAAAUGCACGGCAACAUUAUCGUAUCUUUCUAGCAAAUCAAAAGGAAGAGUUGAUUACACAUUUGCCGAAUUGCAAGAUUUGCGUGGACGUGCUCUAUUAAUUGCCAAAGCACCUGUAAAUUCAAAGGCUUCAAAAGAUCAUGAAGAUACUAUCAACGAGAUAACCUCUGAUCAUAUGAAAGAAUUUGUCGCUCAAGUUGAUCUUGCUCAACAGAUAAUUAAUAUCGCUUCACAGUUAAUAGAGCUUGGCCAUUUUACUUAUCGAAACUUUCAAGCAUCGACUCAUUCUACGACUCAAAUGGAAGAUUUUCUUCAAGAGUUGAUAAAAGAUUAUAAAUCAUGGGAAGAGAUUUUCGCACGGGCACAAGAACAUCAUUACUAUUUGCUCUUUUUUCCAGCUCGACAUAUUAUGACCUUUUACGAUUAUUUUUCAAACAACCAAGAAGAUGACACCGCCAAAUAUAACAUCAAAGAACAAUGUUCGACACUUUUGAAAUUUGUUAAUGAUAAAGCCGAGCUUCCUGAUAUUGUCGAUGACAUCAACAUUCCGUGUGAACCUGACAACUAUUUUAAUAUUCUUUGUGCAAUCGGAACCGAGUUGCACAAUAUUUUAGAAAAUUUUCCGCCAAGGAAGCGUUUAAUAUCAGUUCCAAUUGAACAAAACCUGGAAGAUGCAAUUUAUUCUGACCAACUUUACAUCGCAACAUGUAAUGACAAGUUUCGGUCUUCUACCACUGUAGAAGAACUCUUGAUCUUCAUAAAACGGUGUUUCUUUGCUGAAGAAAAUGGCUACGGAGAACAUUUGUUUUGCAUCGCCAAUGUUGAAUCUUUAGAUUUUGAAUUGCAAUAUCAGUUAGUGACAAAUAUACGUUCCUUACGCCAACAAGAAAAUCGGUUCAACUUAUCUUUGAUAUGUUGCCGCGAAAAGGGCAUGCAUCAUCAUAUAUUAGACCAAUUUUCUGAAUUUGUUCAUGUAACCAGAGGUCUUAGCGCAGAUUCAAUGCGUAAUAUAUACGAAAAAUUGUGCCCGAAUGUGGUAACAGUAUCUUCUGAUUUAUCUGGACAAGGAAAAACUGAAUGGAUUAGGGAACAAAGUUUCGAACGCGGUUUGAUUCCACGAAAUUUCUUAAUCAGUGAUGGGAUGUCAUUUGAAAACCUCGCACGGAAAUUAUCCGUAAUUAAACUCAAAAAAACGGAAAGUUUGCAUUUAAAUAUUAUGUUAAUAGACCAUCCCUACGAAGUAAACAUGUUUUUAUUUGAGUUACUCUCGUUUGGUUGUAUUAAUGACAUCAAUUUUACCUAUAUACCAUCAACAUUUUUCUAUAUUGAAAUUGCAUCAACUACGGAUCAAUAUUUACUUAACUCGCUCCCAAUUACUGGAUAUUUAACAAAAAAACACUUGACAUGGAAUAUUAAUAAUCUUAUUGUUUCUCACACUGCAAACAGCCCAAUUCAAGUAGUUUCAAAAUAUUUGGAUGAAUAUGAUCGUGGCAUAAUAAACCAAGUAGAUAUCAAUUUUAAAGAACAAAAAAAGCAGUCACUCCCAUAUAAACGUUGCCAACAGUUGCUGCAAAAAUAUUUCUUUAAAAAUAAUACGCAAGAUGUUGCAUCAUAUCGUUUUCUUGAAAUAUUCAUUAAUGUUCUUGCUGACCAACUAGUCCGAAUGUCAUCAAGCACAUUUUUCCGCGUAGAGAUGUUGCAAAAGAUGGUUGAAGAUGAAAAUAUCCGAAAAACACUACUAGAAACUCUAAUAAAAGUUUCUAUGGACUUUGCCACACGUUCUGUGGAUUCCAAGACAGAGCAAUUAAAAAAUAAAAAUUUACUCGAUGGAAAGAACGCAAACAUAGAGAAUAUAAAACAUUGGGAAGAUUCAAAUCAUCUAUUAGUAUUUUUCUUGUCACAAACACCUGAUUCUAUCUGUGCUCUCUAUCGCAACAGAGCCAUGGUUCCAGAAAAUGUUAAAAAUCUAUUGAAAAGUCAACAUAUUCCUGUAUCAAAAACUGCUUUAAAUGUUCCAUUUGAAUUAGAAGACUUUGAUAAAAUGUCUUCAGAAGAUGUAUUAAUUCAAUUAGAAUGUCUGGCACGUGUAACACUUGAGAAACGAAAAUAUCCUAUGUAUGCUCUUUCAACGGACAAUCUUUUAAAAAUGGCAUUAAUUUUAUUGCGAUCUAGGGCAAACAUUCCGGUGGUUUGUUGUGGUGAAGCAGGAUGUGGCAAGACAAGUCUAAUUCAGUUUCUUUCAAUAGUCGUAGAAGUAGAAUUUCGAGCACUUAAUCUUCAUGCAGGUGUUAGCGAACAGCAAAUAAUUGAAUUUAUACAUAGCGCAGAAAAAGUUGCACAGGAUCGUGAAGUUUGGUUAUUUUUUGACGAAAUAAACACUUGUAAUCAUAUUGGACUUCUUGCAGACCUCAUUGCUCAUCGGAUCCUACUUGGAAACGAAAUUCAUCAAAAUAUUCGUCUGUUUGCAGCAUGUAAUCCUUAUCGCUUACGUCAAAAAUCUGACACACAAGUAGGUCUUUUGGCCAAAAGAUAUGAAGAGCAAAGUAAAUUAGCAUAUCAAGUACACCCACUUCCGGAUCAAAUUUUAGAUUAUGUAUGGGAUUAUGGAAUCUUGAAAGCAUCGGAUGAGAAAAUUUACAUCGACAUAAUGGUCAAGAAAUUCUUAAAAGAUUUGGGGACGCAAUUAUUCGCAGAGUUGUUAGUUGCAUCACAAAAAUUUACUCGAGAUCAUGAGGGAGUGCAUAGUGUUAGUCUUCGAGAUGUCAAACGAGCCAUCAUCCUGGUCAAAUUCUUUAAUGAAAGUUUUAAGAAUCCUCAUCGAAAAUCUUUAUUUGCAAGGGACAAUAUUACAAGAUCUUACAUAUUAGCAUUAAGUCUUUGUUACCAAAUUAGGUCAUUCGAUCGAAACAUACGUACACAAUAUUGUGAGCAAAUGUGCGAAAUUUUCAAUAAAUUUAGAGGUAACAAGUUUAAACAAAUAAAUCCAGGCAUUUUUAAAGAAAUAAUUCGCAAGGAACAAGAAGACUAUAUGUCACGAAUGACGAAGCCACCACAAACUGCUGAAAAUGAUGCUCUCCUUGAAAACGUGUUGGUAAUGAUCGUGUGCAUAUUAACACGCAUUCCGGUAUUUAUAAUUGGCGCACCAGGGGCUUCAAAAUCCCUGGCUAUUCGUCUAGUUAGCCAAAACCUUCGCGGGUCUGAUUCCGACGAUCCUUAUUUCAGAGGACUUCCUCAAGUUUAUGUAAUUCCACAUCAAGGAUCAUCAUCAUCAACAUCCGAUGGCAUUGUUAAAGUAUUUGAUAAAGCUAAUAACUAUCAAAAAGGAAGUUCAGAUGAAUUUCCGUUAAUAACCGUUGUCCUACUUGAUGAAAAGACAAGUCCGUUCAAUCCAUUAAAAGUUUUGCAUUCUUUACUUGAACCAAGUUAUCCUGCGGAACUUCCAAAUGUUUCUGUUAUUGGAAUUAGUAAUUGGAGGCUUGACAAUUCUAAAUCGAGUAGAGCUUUAAUAGUGCAAAGACCAAAGUUCGAACAAAGUGAUCUCAUUGACACGGCAAAACGGUUAUUAGAAAAGAAUAAAUUGACAUCAUGGAACAGUUUUCGCGAAACAAAGCUUCAAGCCUUGGCCGACUCCUAUCUAGAAUAUGAAAAAAAUCAACCAAUUCCCAAUUUUCAUGGACUUCGAGAUUAUUAUUCUUUUAUUAAAAGCCUUAACAGUGGAGAAUUUAAGCCAGAACUUACCCAAAUGUCCUUCGCAAGAAAUUUCGGUGGCACAGACCAAUUAAAUAUGCUAUGUCAAAGUCAUUUCCAAAAUGUCAUAACAAAAUUCCAUGGCCGUAUUAAUCACUUUAAGAAAUUUUCUGUUGAAGAACUUAUAAAAGCGAAUCUCGAAGACACAAAUGCCCGUCAUUUAAUGAUUAUUGGCAAAAGUGAUUCGAUAGUUAACAUUUUAACAUAUAAAUUGAGGCUAUGGAGUAAGGAAUUUUCAGAAAAAAAUCCCAAUUCUGACCAAAUUAAUACUUGGGAUCUGGAUCCAGUUAUUAUAUAUGGAAGUCAAUUUCCGGAUGAUUUUGAUGGCGAUUAUCAGUAUGGAAUACUAAAUCGUAUUAUGGUGUGUAUUGAGGCUGGAAGACCAUUAAUUUUAACAGACCUUGAAAUUAUAUAUGGAAGCCUUUACGAUUUAUGGAACCAGAACUAUAUAACUGUGGGCAAGGAAGGUGAUCAAAAAUAUUAUACACGCGUUGCAUUGGGCGCUUAUUCGAACCCUAUGGUUUGUGUUCAUAAAAACUUUCGUUGCAUAUUGGUACUCGAUGAAAAAAAUGUGAAUUAUGCAGAUCCACCACUUCUAAAUCGAUUCGAGAAACAAAAAAUGUCAAUCAAUGAUAUCUUGGAUGAUGAGAUGAAAGAAAUGGUUGAAGAGAUUGCAAAUUGGGUAAAACAUAUAUCAACGUGUGUCAAAGAAGACAUGUCUAAAUUAGAUUUUAACGAUCAUGACACUUUUGUUGGAUUAGACAGAGAAGAGACGCUACAAAGCUUGGUUAUUCUUAAUAGCAACAAUUCGCAAUUAAAGGAUAAAGAGUAUAUCAUUGAUAAAUGCAAAGAACAAUUAUUAGGGAUUGCUUUAUCAGAUGGAAUUGUAAGAUCAAAAAGAUCAAUGUUGGCAUCCAUAAACCCGACAGAAGUUGAUCGUUGGUAUAAUUUUUAUUUUCACCAGCAAUUUCAUCAUGAUCUUCCCACAUAUAUUCGAUCCCUAUUAGAUAAACAUAAAGUUUCAGAGAAUAUACAAGGUUUUAAAGCGAUUAUUAAUACAUUUUCAAACAUCAAUGCUGACGUCAUUUCUUACUUGAAUGACAUUAUAACAUGUCAAGUUGACAAAAUCUCGACAUUCAAGUCUGAAGCUCAACUGCAAUCUCGCAUCAAAUAUUUCUGGCAAGAAUCAGAAGCUGAACUAUUAAUCUUACAAUGCGAUCUGGCAACCAUAAAUGCUGGGUGUAUAAAACUUGCAAAAUUUCUUAUUGAACAGCAUAAUAAUGAUUCUUUAUUGCAAGAACAAACUAAGCAUGUCUGCAUAAUUCUUCAUAUGAAGAGAGAAAAUGACAAAUCCACUAUGUUAUCAUUUAAUUUCAUGUGCGGAUGGGAUUUGGUUACUAUAGAGAACUUGGCCCAACAGGAAUAUCCUUUAUCAACUUAUUUAGACGGAAGUUUAAUCGAGAUUUUGAAUAUAACGCAUGCAUUUGAUGAAAUAAUUAAUCAAGACUUAUUGUGGUGUUUGUUGUGUAUGAAAUUUCAAUCAUCUGAUGAAUCUGUUAAUUACAUAAAAUUUCUUGCUCGAAAAAUCCCGGAUAAUGUAAAAUUUUUGGAUUGCCUAAAAACCAGAACAUAUGAUUGGUGUAAAGAUAAUAUAUCUGAAAAUUGGCAGUUAAACGUGGCAAUCGAUAAGACCUACCUAUAUUUAUAUUCUUCAUUUUCAAUAGCUCUACAAACAUACAUCCGCAAUCAGAUAAAAAAACCAAUUUCUCAGCUUCUUUGCGCGCUAGAGAGGUUAUCAGGUUUAUCUACGAUCAUUUUUGAAAUCGAUGAUACAGAUCAUUUUGAACUUUGGGAAAAAAUUUUCAUGGACACUAAGAUCGUUAAUAUCAAAUUCAUGCCUGAGCCAAAACCAGAUGUUUAUUUUGUACCAAGCAAAAGGUAUGAUUUGAAAUUUCCAUUUUCAACCUAUUUUAUGGAUCAAAUCAACAAAUUCAAGAAAUUGUAUCAACAAGAUCUGGAGGUGUUAGCGGAGGAUGAAGAAAACCUUGAUGAAAAAACCGGAGAACUAAAAUCUAUAAUUGUAAAUGAUUGCAUUGAAAGAUUUUCUAACAAUAUUAUGCGUGUACUUCCAACGCUUAAAUUACCAUAUUUUUAUAAUGCAGCUGAUCUUUAUUUCAAGGAUUUUGUUUGUAUUAUUUCACCUGCAUCUAGAGAUGAUGAGAAUAAUGAAUUAUUGUGUCGGAUAAUUUCUCAUCAUAUGAAACAACAGGUGCCUAACCCUAUUAGGCUUCAUGUGCACUGGUGGUAUAACUGUGAUUUAAUUCUAGCUGAAUUGCAAUUAAUAUUGCUUUGCCCUGAUGUUAAAGAAAAGGUGCUUGGUACAGAAUUUGAUGAAAGCAUGGAAUUGAAUUUUGAAGAUCUUUUAUUGGAGCAAGUGUCAGGGAUUAUGAUGGAAGAUCUUUGUAACAUUAACAUAGACGAUCAGCUUCAACUUUGGCAGUGUAAUGUCACAAAAUUUUUAUCGCUAUCUAAUAAAUUAUCGAAUUCUUUUGAUAACCCGAAUUUACUUAAACUGCGCGUAUAUAAUGAUCUAUCCAAAUCUCUUCCUUUCACAAAGCUUCUCGAGAUCAGAAAAUUUGAACUAGAGUUAGACAACGAUGACAUGUUUUCUGAACAGUUUAUAGCAAUUGUAUUUGAAAAGUUGAAUGAACUGGAGCAAACAGAGCAAAAUCUGUCAACUAGAAGAUCCUUUAUAUAUAGGUGUUUAGGAGUGCUCGAAGAUGAUUCACCUGCACGCCUUCACCUCUACGUGAGAAUUUUUUCUCAAGACCCAUUACCAUUAACAUUCGUCAUUAUUUACAAUAUCUUCUACAAUGAAAAUUUGGAGGAUGAUAUAUUCUUUAAAUUGAUCGAUAAUCCACUCGAAAUGCUAGAAAAUUCAGUGCAGCUACAGACUAUUGAAGACGUAUUAUCGAAACAAACGGAUUCAUCAAUGGAAGCAUUAUGUUGUGAUGUAAUUCAAACAAAAUUUUUUAUGUCAUACAAAUUUAAUCAACUUACGCAAUAUUAUUUGAAGGCAACUGAAAUUCUGAUUACAAAUGAUGUAAAAUCAUUGCAGCUUAUCUCUGCAAUUGCACUUUUAAAAACAUUCGCAAAUAAACUUUGGAAUUCGGCUGCAAAGUCAAUAUCUUUGACUGAACCAAUAGAAUUUGAGUUUGAAGAUGAUGAAUUUAGUAUUGAUUGUUUGAACAAUCGAUUAUUGUUAGAUCAACCCUUGAUCCAUUCUUUCAUGGUCUAUUUGUUGAAAUCUUUACGUCUGAAAGGAUUAUCUAUCAAUGAUAUAAAACAAUUUUGCGAAACACAACAACAGCUGCUUCCAUGGCUUGGUGGACUACUGUGGGAUGGUCAUGACAAUCGUCUUGAUUUUAAUCCAUAUUGGUGCCUUGAAUAUUAUAAGCAAGCUGAAUUGGCUUCAAAUAAAAUCCAUUUGGGAGAUAAAUCACAUUUGAACGAAAUAUUACAUGAAAUAGCGGAUCAAAAUGCAAGUGAUGUAAUCGCGAAAAAAGUUUCACUUGCAGGAAUGAUGAUAAAUAAAUUUUACAUUAUUCAAGCUUCUCGCGAAUUGAACCAGUCGGAGAAUCAUUUAUCACAUCAGAUUAUUGAAUGUUUAAAUUCGUCACAACUUCCUGAUGUUUAUAAAAACAAUCUUCUUAAUUUCUUAUCAAAUAAGCAUCCAUUUCGUAAAAUUGCAACUAAUGAUGACAAUACUAAACUGCUUAUAUCUUCGAUUAUUGCGCAUGUUGUUGCGUUGCAUAUUUCAAUUCCGGCCAAUGCCUCUCCAUUGGCUGCAUAUAUGCAAGAUUUAUCGAACUACAGGAAUACUUUUAUACUGACAUGUCCAUCAGAUGAACAAUCGGUAAUACUUAAUUUACUGAUCGCGGAGACACUACAAUCACCAGAUUACACAUAUGUGUGUUCUUGUGGAUAUAUUUAUGUGGUUGUUGAUUGCGGUAACGUAGCCCACGAAGGCAAAUGUCCAAAUUGUAGAAAAGUGAUUGGUGCUGUAAAUAAGGAAUAUGGAAAAACUGCUCAAGGAAAUAUUCGUCUAGAUGAAAGUCCGCUAACUCAAACAACCAAUGCUCAGGAUGAACAAGGAUAUAUUAUAGAGACGCGUAAAACUGAAAAUUAUUACAGUGUCCGAUCGAUGUCACCAGCUGCAUACAGAAUCCUUCAUCUAUUUGUGCAUGCUAUAAUUGGUAUACAAGCACCUUCAGAUGUUGUCACCGAAUUUAUUACAAAUGAUAAAAACGUUAAUGAUAUCGGUGAUAUUAUAAAUUAUUGCGAAAGACAUAUAAAUAACGAUUGGGAAACGUUGAAAAAUAUUUUGGCCUGUGGAGACGAGCAUUUAGCACUGGUUAUUCACUCCAUUCUUUCAGAAAUGUCGCAAGAACCUCCGCAAGUAACAGAAAAGCUUCUGACAUCUGUUCAGAGAGAAGCUUGGGAAAUGCAAUUUAGUCAGCGGUAUGUCUCUCCAAAAAUAAAAAAUGUCGUAGAGACCGCUACAGACUUUCGCAUGGCGAUGGCUAUAAGUGCCCCGAAAAUUGAAGGUGAAAUUAAUGAAACAGUUAUGGUCAAUGACAAAUACCGCGAGGAUCACUUACUACGUUUAUGGCGUUUAAUUGGAGAGACAAACAUGAAUAGUUUUAGAGCAUACUAUUUAUGUAACAAUGAAUAUGCGAAGUUAUUCCCAUUUUUAAGUGUUUUUUUAAGGCAUGAAAAGUAUUUAUCGCUUAUUAAGCAUAUUUUACCUAUUGUAAAAUUUACACAAAUCUUAUCAUCGUGUCUUUCAUAUCGUAUUGAAAGACAGGAUGCGCGUAAAUUAACCUUUCGACAGUUCAUAAUAAAUGAAAGUGAAAGUGAUAAUACUGGAGAAACUGCGAGGUCAUUAAAUGAAGUAUUCAAUAGUUUUGCUGACUCGUGGAAUACUUUGGUUCCAUAUAUUAAACGAUAUGAUUGUACUGAGCUACCAAAGGAAAUGCCAAGAAUAAAUGAUAAUUUCUCUGUCACCUAUGGAUUGUUGGAGCCGCUUAACGAAUCUAUAUUUAUAUGCGCUGCAAUAGAUUUUGUGGCUAAGUUGCAAAAUAAUUUUCUCAAGGAUACUUUAGUAAUUCCCUCGGGAACUUGUGAAUCUUUAAAAUUCUUGGAACAUACAAAUAUUCAAAUUAAUGAGCAAAACCAAACUGCAAUCGGUUAUCAUAUGCAAUCUACUUCACUUGAAAACGCAUUGGAAAAACAUAUAGUACAAUAUGAUUGUGACAAUAGUAGCAAUGAAAAUUUCAAAUAUAGCCAAUUUGAUUUAAGAAUUGGAUAUGGUCAGGAAGUCCAGUAUGAUCUACAUAAGAUUGAGGCUGAAUUAGCUCUAUCAUUAGUAUAUGAAAAAAAAUUUAUUGAGGCUAACAAACAUGGAUUAUAUUUAGAUACUUUUAUAUAUCACAAAGAAAUGUUUAAUGAGUCUAUGAGAAUCUUGCGUGAAAUCAAAGAUUUAUUAACACAGGAGCCAAUUCCAGAUGAUAAAAAAUCAAUAUUUACAGGAUCUUGUACAAAUUCAUUGCAUGAUAACAUAGAAGGAACAUUAACAUUGGAGAAUCCCAAUGAAUUACUUUCAACAUUAGAGAUGAUUCUUUGUUUUCUUAAACGUACUUCGGGUGGAGAUUGUAACAUGUUAAUUACAGAAUAUAUAACACAAUGGAUGAAAUUAUCAGUAUUGAAAGAAAAUAAUAGCUGUUACAAAUUAUUAUUAAAAGCAGGACUACAACUCAAGCAUAUAGUUGCAUUAUACGAAUUGGUCGAAGAACAAGUGGCAGAUGUGGUCAUUAACUAUAUUCCCUCAAAGUAUCGGGCUGAUUUAAGUGAUCUAAUCCAGCAAGAUAUCAUAGAAUCAAUUGAUCUUGAACAGGAACACCAUGUUUCAAAACCUGCAAAGGCCACCAAAAUUCCCGCCAAGUUAUUUAUUAUAGCUUUGAAAAGAUUCAUUAUAAGAUAUUUGUCUAAUAGUACUAACAAUGAAGUGUUCAUUGAAAAGUCUCCUUUAUCAAGUUACCUUGCAGAUAAAGAGUCUCUGGAAUGUUGGCCUGAAAAUGUUUCUAAAGAAAUUAUUAUUGAUAAUUUUCCAAAAUCAUUGCUUAUCUCUCAUGCAUUUGCAACUUAUCAAUUAAUUAAAAAGGAAAUAGAGGUAAUAAAUAUUCUAUUUUGUUCAGUAUACUUGUUUUAA